UCACACUCACACCCAUGGCUACGAUUUCAAGGUGGUUUUUCCUCUCACUUGUCCUUCUUGGACAGGAAGCGAAAGGCAGGCCAGUACCAGGCACAAGACGGAAGACCUUCAACAAGCUGCUGGUGAUUUCCUUCGAUGGCUUUAGAUGGGACUACGACCAGGAUGUUGAAACGCCAAACCUGGACUACUUGGUGCACGAGGGAGUAAAGGCAAAAUAUAUCACCCCUCCAAUGAUCACCAUGACAUCACCAUCUCACUUCACCACCAUCACAGGCAGGUGGAUUGAAGAUCAUGGUGUUGUUCACAACAUGAUGUUUAACCCUAAGACUCUUCUGAAGCUAUCCCACAAGGCCACUCAGAACAGGUCAGAGUGGUGGGACAAUGGAGUCAUGCCUUUGUGGAUCACUGCACAGAAUCAGGGACUAAAGACCGCAUCAUUCCACUAUCCUGGAGGAGGAGCCAAUUAUAGUGGCCAGUCUGUCUACCGCUCCCUGGUGGAGUCGUACAAUCACCCCGACUCUAACGAGACAGAGUGGCGAGAGAACAUUGAGACAGUCAUGGACUGGUUCUCCAAAGAGGACUUUGACUUUGUCACGCUGUACUACGGAGAGCCGGACAAGGUGGGGCACCAAAAAGGUCCUGAGACAGAGGAACGUCGUGCAAUCAUCCGACAGAUCGACAAGACUAUUGGCUUUCUGCUGGAGGCCAUAGAGAGACACAACCUGAAGGACCGCCUCAAUGUCAUCAUAACCUCUGACCACGGUAUGACCACCAUCAAGAAGGCCCCAGUGGUGGAGGAAAUCAAGCUAUCCAACUAUAUGAGCUUCAUUAAACUGGUCCACUUUGACUUACUGGACUAUGGAGGAUUUGGGAUGAUCACACCCAAGGCAGGCAAAGAAGAAGAAGUCUAUCUGUCCCUAAAGAAUGUUCACCCGCACUUGAGAGUCUACAAGAAAGCUGAGCUUCCUGAGAGCUUCCAUUUGGCUAAGCAUGACAGAAUACAACCAAUUAUUGUUGUUGGAGAUCUGGGGUACAAUAUGAACUCUAGAGUAAUAUUUUACGUCAACAAAGGAGACCAUGGCUUUAGCAACGAAGAAAUGGACAUGAAAAUGAUUUUCCGAGCCUUUGGCCCAGACUUUAAAAAGAAUUACCUGGCAGAGGCCUUUGACAGCAUCAACAUCUACCCACUGAUGUGCAAACUGCUCGGCGUGACCCCUGCUCCCAACAACGGUUCCCUGGCCUUCACGGAGGGCAUGCUGGUGGAGAGGUUUGACUUGGACCCCAGCCCUGUAAAACCUGAAGGAAGCCCCUUGUCGGCGAGCUUUGUGGCACUCAUCAUGUUGUGUUCACUCCUUGGUGUGCUGUCUUUGUUAUUUAUCUCCUAUGCGGGGCACGCUGUUUACAAAAGAAAUAAAGGGUCAGAGCCCCAAAAAGAAGAAAAGCCCAGGAAUGAAGAAAAGAAGACCACCUCGUUUUGAUUUUGAAACCUGGCAAGCCUUUGGAAUCAACGACCUGUCUUCCAGAUAAUCCUCUUGGACAUGAAAAAAGAAAACCAGGACAUAUAUAAUCAAGUAAUAGGUUUAU